AUGUCCCAACAACCCACAAACUACCACGACCCCUCCGCCCCCCGCCUCAUCCCCGUCGACGACUGUUCGACCUACGAAACAGGGUACAGACCCAACCUCCCGGGCCAACGCACCUGGUGGGUCUUCUGCCCCGUAACCGGCCACUUCCAGAGCGCCUACUCCCUCCUCGGCGCCAUGAUCGAGAGCGUCGCCCGCGGCCAGGCCACCCUCGCGCCGGCCUGGGACCGCACCUUUGCCGGUGGCAUCUGUGAUAUGCAGAGACGGAUUGAGUCGUAUAUGUAUACGAGUGAUGGGCAGGUUGGGUAUAAGCCUGCGCUUGGGUUUCGGUCGGUUGAGGAGGAUGAGGAUGAGGGUGAGGAGGAUUGGGAGAUUGACCGAUAG